GAAGAGCACUUUUAGGGAAUGACGGGAUCUUCAUUGUUGCUCGCUCAAUUUCUCUGCCUCCUUCUCUUCCAUUCCCACUCCCAACCUGCUCAUUCUUCUUCCAAUUUCUCCUCUUCAGUACAAUUAUGCCCCGGUGACCAGAGCCUGGCUUUGCUCCAAUUCAAAAACUCCUUUCCCAUGACGCCUUCUUCUCCAUCUACAUUUCCAUGUUAUCCACCCGAGAAAGUGCUGUGGAAAGAGGGUACAGAUUGCUGCACUUGGGAUGGCGUGACAUGCAGCAUGAAAACUGGCCAUGUAAUUGGCCUAGACCUUGGUUGCAGCAUGCUUUAUGGCACCCUCCAUUCUAACAGCACUCUCUUCUCCCUUCAUCAUCUUCAGAAGCUUAAUCUCUCUUACAAUGACUUCAAUCGCUCUGUCAUUUCAUCUUCCUUUGGUCAGUUCUUGCAUUUGACGCAUUUAGAUCUAAAUUCAUCGAAUUUUGCAGGCCAAGUUCCCCCAGAAAUCUCCCAUUUAUCCAGAUUGGUGUCCCUUGGUCUCUCUUCCAACUCUGGGGAGCUGAUGCUGGAACCGAUUUCUUUCAACAAGCUUGCUCAGAACCUUACCCAGCUGAGAGAACUCUACUUGGGUGGAGUGAACAUGUCUUUGGUGGUACCCAGUUCCUUGAUGAACUUGUCUUCUUCUCUGUCAUAUCUCCAACUCUGGCGUUGUGGAUUGAAAGGGGAACUCCCUGAUAAUUUAUUUCGCCGAUCAAACCUUCAAUGGCUCGAUUUAUGGAGCAACGAAGGACUCACUGGCUCUUUUCCGCAAUACAAUUUGAGCAAUGCUCUUUCGCAUUUGGAUCUGUCAUAUACGCGGAUCUCAAUUCAUUUGGAACCAGAUUCAAUCAGUCAUCUGAAGUCUGUGGAGAAGCUGUAUCUUAGUGGGUGCAAUUUUGUUGGCUCGAAUCUGGAUCUACUUGGUAACCUCACACAACUCAUUGAGUUGGGCCUUAAAGAUAACCAGUUUGGUGGUCAAAUCCCUUUCUCAUUAGGAAAACUUAAGCAACUCAAGUACUUGCAUCUUGGAAACAAUAGUUUUAUUGGUCCAAUUCCAGAUAGUUUGUUUAAACUCACACAGCUUGAGUGGUUGGACCUCUCGUACAAUAGACUAACAGGUCUGAUCCCUUUUCAAAUAAGCAGGCUUUCAAGUCUUACUGCACUCCUUUUAUCUAAUAAUCAACUGAUAGGACGCAUCCCAUCACAAAUAAGUAGGCUUUCAGGUUUAAUCAUUCUCGACUUAUCUCAUAACUUGCUCAAUGGAACAACUCCAUCCUCCUUGUUUUCCAUGCCUUCGUUGCAUUUUCUUCUUUUGAACAAUAACCUAUUGUAUGGCCAGAUAAGUCCGUUCCUUUGUAAGUCAUUACAAUAUAUCAAUCUUAGUUUCAACAAGUUGUAUGGCCAGAUUCCACCUUCAGUUUUCAAGCUUGAACAUUUGAGACUUCUUAGGCUUUCCUCCAAUGAUAAACUGACUGGGAACAUCUCUUCUGUCAUUUGCGAGCUGAAGUUCUUAGAGAUUCUAGACUUGUCCAACAAUGGCUUUAGCGGAUUCAUCCCACAAUGCUUGGGAAACUUCAGUGAUGGACUCUUAGUGUUGCAUCUUGGUGGCAACAAUCUCCACGGCAAUAUCCCUUCAAUCUAUUCAGAGGGGAAUGAUUUGAGAUAUCUCAACUUCAAUGGCAACCAAUUGAAAGGGGUGAUACCACCAUCCAUCAUCAAUUGUGUGAAUUUAGAAUUUCUGGAUCUCGGUAACAAUAUGAUUGAUGACACAUUCCCUUCCUUUCUAGAAACGCUUCCAAAGUUGAAGGUUGUUAUUCUAAGGUCAAAUAAACUUCAUGGUUCUUUGAAGGGUCCAACUGUCAAGGACUCUUUUUCUAAAUUACAGAUUUUUGACCUUUCCAACAACAGCCUGAGUGGUCCUUUGCCAACAGAGUAUUUCAACAACUUCAAAGCCAUGAUGAGCAUUGAUCAGGAUAUGGAUUACAUGAGGACAAAAAAUGUAUCUACUACUUAUGUUUUUUCUGUACAAUUGGCAUGGAAAGGUUCGCAGACUGUGUUUCCUAAAAUUCAAAUUGCGCUCACGACACUUGAUUUAUCCUGCAAUAAAUUCACGGGAAAGAUUCCAGAGUCCCUCAGGAAGCUUAAAUCUCUGAAACAGCUCAACCUUUCUCACAACAGCCUCAUUGGUUGUAUCCAGCCGUCAUUGGGGAAUUUAACUGAUCUGGAGUCGUUGGAUCUCUCUUCAAAUCUGCUUGCUGGAAGGAUUCCUCAGGAAUUGGUAGAUUUAACAUUUCUUCAAGUCCUCAACCUUUCGUAUAACCAACUUGAGGGACCCAUACCUCUAGGUAAGCAGUUCAAUACAUUUGAAAAUGGUUCAUACGAAGGGAACUUGGGAUUAUGUGGGUUUCCCUUGCAAGUAAAAUGCAACAAAGGUGAGGGGCAACGACCGCCUCCGUCAAACUUCGAGAAAGAAGAUUCAAUGUUUGAAGAUGGAUUUGGAUGGAAAGCUGUAACAAUGGGUUAUGGAUGUGGAUUUGUAUUUGGAGUCUCUAUAGGAUAUAUUGUAUUUAGAGCAAGAAAAGCUGCAUGGUUUGUGAAUAUGGUUGAAGACAGUGCCCAUCAAUAUGGAAAAAGGCUUAGAAGGAAGAAUGCUCCCAGAAAUGGUGGAAGACGAUACUAGCUACUCAGGGCAGUGCAUGUGAGAAGGUAAGUCUUGAUAAUGCUUUUAACUAAUAGCGCAAAUAUUUUAUUCCAUGAUCCAUCACCAGUUUAGUUAAUUAACUUGCUUUGUGGACUUUGGUCUAUAAUGGCAGCAGUCAAGAAGAGGGGAUCAUCUUCCAGGCUAGUGUAGCUGCUUUUUCU